UUCAGACUGACAUCAACAUUAGCAAAAAAUCAUGAAUUUCUAUGUACAUUCUUGUCAAACGUUUGACAUAAUUGACGAGCGAUCCUACUAUCAGGCGACCUAUAACGAGCUUCGCGUAACAUUAGACGAACGUUUGUUCCUUGUUAAUGGUCCCUUUAUGAUGGAUAGUCAGUUUGAGGCGUUGAAAAGGGAAGGACGACGUAUACGUAAGAGGAAAAAAUCGACUUCUGCGAGUCCAGAGCUCAUUGAAGAAAUUACUAGAAUUGAAAAGAUCUCGAAAGAGAUUCGAGAAACGGGCAAUCGCUUGGGAUACUUUACUGCUCAAUGCGAACAUGACAACAAUCGUGUGGCGAGAACUGCAGCUAGCGAACUCAUGAAUCAGGCCGUCGUGUGGUUCAAUCCUGAAACGAUCUCAUCCCCGGAAAUCGUUCCUUUGGAGGACAAUAGCAGUUUCAUUCUUAGCCGUGAGUACUGUAUGCUGAACUCAUGGUAUAGAAACGAAUCAGAAUCAUGCAUACGUUUGAAUGUAUCAGUUAAAGAGGGUGAAGCUGCUCUUGUGUACUACGUCCCACCAAGAUCUACUUUUCAUGUGGGCCCCGUUAUUGAUAUUAGGAACUUCGCCGCGUUGAAUGAUGAAACGUUUGAUUUGAUUGUGAUGGAUCCUCCGUGGGAAAAUCUGACAGUCAGGCGGCAGCGGAGCUACGCCACCUGCGACUCUGCGUUGAAUGGAUUGAACAUGGAUUGUCUGGCACCGAAUGGAUUGGUAGCCAUUUGGAUCACCAAUCGGAAAGGAAUUGAAAAGGAUGUGGAAUCUUACCUGAAGCGAUGGAACUUAGAAAAACUGGCCACAUUUUUCUGGUUAAAAGUAACGAUAGAAGGCGAGCCCGUUUGUCCAUUCAACGGUGAUCACAAGUUGCCAUAUGAAAAGCUGGUGAUUGCUUCACGAGCAGAAGCUGCUUUUAAUCAUCUCCCCAUUACCUCAGCUGACGGUAAAGUCUAUGCCAGCAUUCCGAUGGCAGUCCCUUCUCGAAAACCUCCUGUUGUGCCUAUACUAAAGCAAUAUGGUUUCUUCCCUAGUCAGUGCCUUGAGCUUUUUGCUAGAAGUCUGCAACCAAACACCGUAUCUGUAGGCUUUGAAACCCUACUGUUACAGUCGUCUUCGUGUUUCAUCUCCACUAGCAAUUGAGUUUACGCGAGAUCUCCACUUACUUAUCUACGAUUUUUCAAGAUGAUCAUUUUUUUGCCAGAUCUUCACUUGUACAAAACCUCACAUAAAUCGUCU